AUGGUAUCCCAGGAGGAUUCCACUGGGAAAGGCACACAGCUCCCCCUUGUGCCCCACAACACCAACCCUGGGCGUGAUGAGGCCAUGCAGCCACUCCAGGGGCAGAGCGGGGGCUGGCCCCCGCGGGUGGGGUCAGCCCAGUGUGGCCGGUGCUUGGUGCUGUUCAUGGGGACACUGGGCACAACCCGGCCCCACAGCACCCAGAAGGCCGGAUCCGGCCCCGUGGUGCUGCCCCAGGGAGCCACCGCCCUGGGCAGGUGCCUGGACCGGGUUGCACCUCGGCCACCUCCAGCUGGUGCCACCACCGUGAAGCACCUGCUGCACCCACACACCCUGGAUGCGCCGCUGCUGCCCUUGGACCCGGACGGAUGUGGGCUGGCGCUGCUGCUGGGCGUGCUGCUGUGGCAGGCGCUGCAUGGGGCACCACUGACCGAGCUCUCAGGGGACCAGGACUUCCAGCUCUUCCUGCAGAGGAACCUCGAGUUCACCCGCAAGAUCCGUGGCGAUGUGGCUGCGCUGCAGCGCGUGGUGUGUGACACUCUCCAGCUGUGCAAGGAGGACGAGCUGGUGCUGGUGCGGCAGGACCUGGACAUCGCACAGGCGCCGCUGGAGCAGUGUCACAAGCGUACCUUCCAGGCAGAGACCUGCUUCAGCCAGAUCCGUGCCGGGCUCCACAUCUACCACAGCUCUCUGGCCACCAUCCAGGCCCUGCUGCCUGGGCACACUGGGCUGGUGGAGACCCUGCAGCUGGACAUGGCCAACCUGUCCUCCAACAUCCAGCAGCAGAUGGACGACCUGGGCCUGGCCACAGUGACGUACCCCACAGAGAACCAGGACCCCCUCCCCACCUUCUCCUCCAACUUCCACCAUCAAGUCGGAGGCUUCUUCAUCCUGGCCAACUUCCAGCGGUUCCUGGAGACGGCAUACAGGGCACUGCGGCACCUCACCAGCCUCUGA